AUGUGUUUGUACGUGUGUUCGGCUAGCACCGGUAAAGAAGAGGAAGAAUUUGUUCAAAUAGCGUUAAUAUCUUCUGUUAGAAACCACAAUUACAAUACACACAGAUACAAUCAAUCAAUCUAUCUAUCUAUCUAUCUAUCUAUCUAUCUAUCUAUCUAUCUCUCUCUCUCUCUCUCUCUAUAUAUAUAUAUAUAUAUAUAUAUAUAUAUUAUCGCUUCCUCUUUCUUUCUUUCUUUCUUUCUUUCUUAUUUGUUUGUUUCUUUGUUUGUUUGUUUCUUUGUUUGUUUGUUUUUGUUUUGUCUUUUCUUUCUUUCCUUUUUCUUUUUUUUUCUUUUAUUUUUCUUUUUUCUUUCUUUCUUUUAUUUCUUUUUUCCUUCCUUCCUUCUUUCUUUCUUUUUUUUUUUUUUGUUUUUUGUUUGUUUGUUUGUUUUCUUUUUUUUUCUUUCUUUUCUUUCUUUUCUUUUCUUCCUUGUUUGUUUGUUUGUUUUUGUUGGUUGGUUUUCUUUAUUUUUCUUUCUUCGUAUUUGUUUGUUUGUUUGUUUUUUGUUUGUCGUUUCUUUCUUUCUUUCCUUUUCUUUCUUUUUCUUUCUUUAUUUCUUUCCUUCCUUCUUUCUUUCUUUUUUAUUUAUUUUUCUUUCCUUCCUUCCUUCUUUCUUUCUUUAUUUAUUUCUUUGUUUUUUGUUUGUUUGUCGGUUUCUUUCUUUCUUUCUUUCUUUCUUUCUUUCUUUCCUUCUUUCUUUCUUUCUUUCUUUCUUUCCUUCUUUGUUUGUUUGUUUCUUUGUUGGUUGGUUUCUUUCUUUCUUUUUUUGUAUUUGUUUGUUUGUUUGUUUGUUUGUUUGUUUUUUUUCUUUUCUUUCUUUCUUUUUCUUUCUUUAUUUAUUUCUUUCCUUCCUUCCUUCUUUCUUUCUUUAUUUAUUUCUUUCCUUCCUUCCUUCUUUCUUUCUUUAUUUAUUUCUUUGUUUUUUGUUUGUUUGUCGGUUUCUUUCUUUCUUUCUUUCUUUCUUUCUUUCUUUCUUUCUUUCUUUCUUUCCUUCUUUGUUUGUUUGUUUCUUUGUUGGUUGGUUUCUUUCUUUCUUUCUUUCUUUCUUUCGUAUUUGUUUGUUUCGUUUGUUUCUUUGUUUGUUUGUUUCUUUGUUUGUCGGUUUCUUUCUUUCUUUCCUUUUUCUUUCUUUCUUUAUUUAUUUAUUUCUUUCCUUCCUUCCUUCUUUCUUUCUUUAUUUAUUUCUUUGUUUUUUUGUUUGUUGGUUGGUUUCUUUCUUUCUUUCUUUCUUUCUUUCUCAAAGCAGCGUCUUCGAAUCUAUCUAUCUAUCUAUCUAUCUAUCUAUCUAUCUAUCUAUUCAAUUUGUAUCGUUAUCUAUUUAUAAUCUAUCUAUCUAUCUAUCUAUCUAUCUAUCUAUCUAUCUAUAG